AUGAAGGUAGAGCCUGCGCCGCGUCUGGCGAACCUCCUCCGCCAGGCCAUGCCGACGACGGCGCUACCGCCCGUGUACACCUCGAGCCAGGACCGGGUCGAGAUGGCGCUUGCUGCGUUGUACGUGCUCUGGACGGUCGUCUGCAGCGCUCUGUACGUGUUUCUCAUCGAUUCCAGCUUUGCCAACGACGCAGUCUGGGCCGGCUUUAACGCAUCUGCCCACCAAACGUACUUGGCCGACCUUGUCGUGUCGCUGCAGCGCUUCAACCGGUCGCUGCUCGAUGACGGGCUCUACCUCGACUACAACACCAGCUUGGCACUCGACAAAACGUACUACGCCACAUCGCCGUCCUCGACGAUUCGCAUCGAGGACAGCACGGCAUGGGCACGGGACCUCUGGUUACGACCGCUGCCGUUGCACACAGCGAUCAACAUGCUACGGGCUGCGUCGCCCCGCGCCAUCGAAGGACUUGCAACGCGCUACUGUUGGGCCGAUUUGGCGCGGACAAUACCUCUGUCUGGGUUUGCUUCCUGGUGCAACACCAAUCGCAGCCAAGCCAACGCCGCCGUGUACCUCGAGGCCGUGCUGCGAAACGUGCCGGCGUCUUCGGAUCGAGUCGCACUCCUGGCCCGCAUCAAUGCCACGAUUGCGAGUCCUCUCGGGCCUCGCGGCCGCGCGUGGUUGACCACACUUGCCACAAGCGCGACCAAUGGUGUCGCCGACGAAGCCAAACUCUGGUCGUACCACGGGCUUCAAACGUGGCAGUUCCAAUACGACGAAGCGUUUGACGCGCACUUGACGGCCACGCUCGUCGUUCGCAAUGCUCUGGGCAUGGAGUACCCGAUCACACUCACGCCUCGUCGUUGGCUGCCGCCACCGCCAUCCCAACCGAACGGUUUCUGGGCCGACGUGGCUACGUGCGUCCAACUCAACUGCGCUCUCGUCCAGGGAACAUCGACGGCAACCGGCGCGUUGGCGUCCAGUGCCCCGUAUGCUGUGCUGCAGCCCGCACCGAGGAGGUUGCAGAUGUACUUUACACGCUUCCAGCUCGCUUUCGCAGCGCUCCGCGUGCAGGAUGGUACAUCCGUGCGAUCGAUACCGGGAUCUGCACCAACGUUCUUGCAACGCGCGUGGUGCGCCGCCGAUGCCGCGCUCUGUCCGACCUCGGUGUCUGUCGCGAGUACGGUGUUUGCCAUGCUGCUGCUAGCGCCCAACACCACGCAGCCGCUCGCAAUCCAUCACAUCUGCGGUAGUGACACCACUGGAACAUGUGUCGCGGCGCUCACCUCGCUGGCACCGCUGCACCGCGCGCUGCAAGAGAAGUUGUCACCGCUUGACGCUAUCGCUGCGCACAAUGCCACGGCGCAUCUCACGCUCGUCACUGCCGACGCGACAGCCAUCGCGCUGGACAGCCUCGAUGCUUGGAUUGUGCUGCACGAGUGGCUUCUUGGGCACCGAGAGGCAAGCUUUCAUGCAGCAACCAACGUCACAAAGCUAUCGCACCCGCUGAUCUUGGAGUCGCCCGCGGUGGCGAGCGCGAAUGACGUGCCGGUCGCCACUGGCAUGCUUGUAAUGGCCCUCGUAUGCUACACGUCGGGCGUGCUCGCGACGCUAGCGCUUCUUGUGGGGCUCUUGGCGCUGCGGUACCACCCGUCGUACGCGCCGCGCCUCAACUUUUUGCACUUCAAUCGCCUUGCGGGCUUUUCGUGGCUCGGUCGCCCCGCGAUGCUCGUGCGCAGUCUCUCGGCGCUUGUCUAUCUGAGCUCAGCCACCACCGCCAUGGUCACGGCGCCCUCGGGGUAUUCGUACUUUGAGGCGGCGCCGAAAUCGCUCGUCGCGGUUGCCGUCGCCUCGGGCGAAGCCACGUGGCUCGUCUACCUCCUCCAAGACGCACUCGCACCCGUCACCGUGCUGCACCGCGCCGCGCCCGUCGGGUCGUUUCUUGCGUGGUUGGUUCUCGUGCUCGUGAGUUACUUUCACCCAGUCGGCCUCGAGCUCUACCUCGACACCGAUGCGUGCAGCUACGCAUUGGCGCCGACCGUGGCCAAUUGCGCAGCUGGUGUCGUAUACGUCGGCAGUCUCCAGCGCGUGCUGCUGCUCAUCGCGAUCAACGCCACGAGCGUCUGCGUUGGCUAUCACAUCUUGCAGAUCUCCAACUACUACUACUACUGGUGGUGGUGGUUCCAGGCCAUCGAGCCGACGGCGCCACCGCAAACGCUUCUCUUCUCGGCAUCGGUGGCCGGCAUUCUCGUCGAAGUGCAGUCGCACCGCACCGCGUUAGCGUCGACAUUGGACGUGCUCUCGAGUACGUUAGCAGGGUAUCUCCCCGGUCGCCACUACGUCUUUGACGUGAACCUCUGGGUCUUGACACCCAACAUUGCCAACCCGACAAUGCACACGGUCGGGCUUCGAACCCCGACGUUUGCAUGGCCCGUGGUCGUGCGCCGCGGGCCGUCGUCGUCGACGCUCGCAGCAACCGAUGCUUCAGAGACGAACCGUCGCUGGCGGAUCGUCCGUGCCGGUGGCGGUGUCGUCUACGUAGCGCUGACGGUCGCUUGUAGUUUUGGGUACCUGGACCUUGCCUCGUCGGCGUUCUCGACAGCCUUGUUCUCGGCCAACUUUGACGCGGCGCUGCAUCUGCCGCUGCUAGCACAGUGGUUUAGCGCUCCGCUGUCGAUCGCAUACGAAUCCACAGCGGCGUCUAGUACAUCGCUUCUUGAGAGUAACAGCGUGCGUCUUCCCAACGAGUCGCGCAUCUGGUCGUCCGCGCUUGACGGAGCUCGGUUGCACAUGGAGGCGACGCUCCCCACGGUCAUCGCCGGCUUGCGCUCGAUGGACACAACCCUAUUGCCGUAUAUCUUUACUCCCUACUGCUUCCUCGACUUGAACCAGACGUGGGAGAUGGCUGCCUCCAGCGCGCGCCAAAGUCGAUGCUACUCGUCCGCGUUUGCUAGCAACGGGGCCGUGUACCUCGAGAGCGUCCUCAGCAAUACUGACUGGGACGUCCUCGCGCGCUCGUCGUCGUGGCACGGCCUCAACAGCAGCAUCUUGGAUCCGCUCCGGGCCAGUGACCACGGCCGUACCUGGAUGCAGGUGACUGCCGCCAACGUGCUGACAACAUCUAUUGAGAGCGAAGCAGCGCGCUGGGAACGCGCGGGGAUCGCAACGUACACGACGCAAUGGCAAAACUACAAGGUGCUCGGCCUCCGCGCCACGUACGACAUCGUGACCGCGUACGGCGCCACGUACGCCAUGCCGCUCACGACGAUCGACGCCACGUUUCACGUCCGCAAGCAAAGCUGCUUGCACAUGUACUGGGGCUUUGCAAGCGACCUUUACGCCGUGUCCUCCAACACAUCUUCGAUCUAUGGCAAGUCCCUUCUCCGCUCGCCUGCAUUCGCCUAUGCCACCACAUCGAUCGAGGACGUACUUAUCGCGCAAGGCAUUGUCGCGACACCGCUCGACACCAAGGACGCCAUGGUACGCGCGGCGCUCGGUCCAUUUGGGACGAUCGACAUGCUGCGCGGCCGUCCGCCAGACGCAUUGGUCGCCUGGUACAAGAGCGUGGUGCGGAGCCUUAGGACCGUGCUAGAUGCCAAUGCGACAGCAAGAGUGCAGCUUGGAGCGAUACCGGCGCUCUGGAAUGCGUCGGCGGUCCCGCAGGAAUGGCUUCGUUGCAACGCAAGCGGAAUGGACAUCUUAUGUCCAUCUCGCCCCGCCACGCCACUGCGCGACGGGCUUCCAUCGUUCUUUACGGCCAAUGGCGGCUGUUCAAUGACGCGUCUCGAGUAUGUUCGCUUGGACCAACCCACCUUGGUCUAUGCGAUCUUGCUGAUUGGCGCGUCGAGUGUCGAGAAUCUGGUGCCCGAGAUUUGCGCGCAAGACGUUCGGACGCCGGCCAACUGCCUCGCGUCACUCCAGUCCGCGCAAGCGUUUGUAUCUACCUUCAUCGCAUCGUCGGACCAAGAGCGCCUUGAGGUGCAGGCGCGAACGCUGGUCGCAGAGGUCUCUGCCAUUGAAGUGGCGGGACUCCUUGCAGACACAUCGACCCUUAGCCGGCUUGGCCUCGUCGCGUCCGCACCAUACGCGUUCUUUGGGUGGGCCAUGUUGCUGCAGUGGGUGCAAGGCAUGCGCGAGGUGGUCACGUUCCAAGGCGACGUCGCUUCGCUUACACUGAUCUCGACGUACGUCGACGCUGUGGUGACUGUCGCGGGCCCCGACGAUGUCCCGCACGCCGCCAUGCGCUACAUGACAACUGCACUCUGUGGCUUUUCCGUCGGGCUCCUCUGCGUCGCCGCGCUCCUGUUUGCGUACACGCUCGCGAUCGCUGGGCAAGUCGAGGGCUGGAACUUUCUUCAGUUCAACCGCGUUGCCGGCGCCGUCUGGCUCGGUCGACCGCUGCAGCUCGUACGCGGCGUAACAGCCCUCGUCGUGCUCUCCACGGGCGGUCUGCACGUCGACAGCACGAAUGACCGGACGCGGUUCGUCGCGCCGCCCGUCAAUGUUCUAUGGGUCCUUGCCGCGGCGGGCGAGACGUCGUGGCUCGUCUACGUUGCCAACGACGUCUUCUCCAUGGUCACAGCCACAUACACCCAGUCCAUCGCAGUCAAAAGCAGCGUCAUGGCCUUUGUUGCUGUCAGUGUUUGGACCUUCGCGGCGCCGAUCGAGCCGAUCGCGCACGUCGCACGCAGCUGUUCGACACCGAUUGUCGACGGCCUCGUUGUAUGCACGACGGGACAGGUCGAAAUCGGCAGCCUCAACCGAUGCCUCGGCCUUCUCGGCGCUCUGGCCGCGUCAUUUCUGACAAGCGUCAUCGCCGACUGCGUCGCGAAGGGCACGUUGGUGCGCGGCGCGGCGUCGCUCUUCCUGCACGCGACAGCAGCGCGCUUCUUCCGCAGCGACGAGUGGCUUUUCCACGGCGUCUACUGCUUGGACCGCGCAUCCGCGCUUCUCAACGGCGUCGUCUCGCUCGAGCACGGUGAGACGAUGUAUGUGUUCGACCUCAAGACGUGGCGCGGGUACAAGCUCCCGACGCCUCUAUCCGCAGUCAAGACGGCGACGCCCCCAGACCACAUUGUGUCGGCCAUUCCUUUGCUCGAGUGAACCCACCUCCAGCGAGACUCUUUGUUCAAGGUAUACUAAGGUGAUACCAUUAGUAUAAACCACGUCAACUGACGUGAGCUUUUGUGAUCCGAGUGACGCCUUUCAUAAUGGAAACGCAUUUCUGUGCCGCCACGUCAUCGUGGCAGGGGUCA